GGGACUUCCGAUGCCGCGCACCAGGAAGUCACGGAUGCGAGAAAAUACUGGUAGAUCGUGCAUCCAUAUGGUCAUUUCAUUGAAUAAUUUUAAUGUGAUUUAAGUCCAUUUUCCACACAGUAUUUUUUUUCAAAAUGCUAUCUUUAGAUUUUCUCGACGAUGUCCGUCGCAUGAAUAAACGGCAGCUCUAUUACCAGGUGCUCAACUUUGGUAUGAUUGUUUCCUCUGCAUUGAUGAUCUGGAAGGGUUUAAUGGUUGUCACGGGAAGCGAAAGUCCAAUAGUAGUUGUUCUCAGUGGUAGUAUGGAACCUGCUUUCCACAGAGGAGACCUACUUUUCUUGACGAACCGUGUAGAGGACCCCAUCAGAGUUGGAGAAAUUGUCGUGUUCAGGAUAGAGGGGAGAGAGAUUCCAAUUGUACAUAGGGUACUGAAGAUCCAUGAAAAGGAAAACGGAGACAUUAAGUUUUUGACUAAAGGAGACAACAAUGCUGUUGAUGACAGAGGGUUGUAUAAGCAGGGCCAACACUGGUUGGAGAAAAAAGAUGUGGUUGGGCGAGCCAGGGGGUAAGUCCUUGUGCAGGUACUUGAUAUGAAAUGUACUAGCUAAGACCUCAGAGAACGGUGUACAAUAGAGUAUUAAAUAGAAUGUAGAGGGUUUAUGGUUCUUGGGCAUCUUCUGAGGAUAUGAGGCUAUUGACCAUCAUCCUUUGAAUGUGUUACAAGAGGUAAAGUGCAAGGCUGGUAGGAAUGAACUAAGAGAAUAUCUUGACAAAGUUGAGUUUGCUUAUUUGAGGUCUUGAAUAAUAACUACCUAAACCUGAAGGAGACACAAUAGUUAAGAGCUUGAAGAAGUAAAAAGAAGACUGGACUGGAGGCUCUAGAGCCU